AUGAUGAUGGUGAUAACAAUAAUAAGUCUUCUUCUACUUUCUAUUCAUAUUAAUUUAAUAGAAAAUAUAUCGAUUGAAUAUAAAAAUAAUUUAACAAAAAAGGAUUGUACCUAUAAUGAUGGACGUUUUGGUAAUAUUGAUUUAUCACGAGUUGGAUUAAAACAAGGCAUUCCUGCUUUUCGACAUGUACCCAAAGAUUUCUAUUUCUAUUCUUGUUUUUUCCUUUUAGUUGAAAAAAAUGGAUCAGCAUAUUAUAAUCUUGGUAUGAAUUCAAUUGUUAGUUGGUCAAUAACAAUCGAUGGUAAAGUAACACUUGUCUAUUCAGUUCUUAAUCGUCAAACGAUUGUCAAUCUUGAAUGUCGAGAUGAAAUUGAUGAACUAGUUAUAAAUGGUGAAUAUGAACCACGACAUUAUAAUUUAACUUUAUUUAGUAAAUGUGCUUGUUGGAAUGGUUGUUAA